AUGAGUGAAGAAAAUGAAAAGGAGCUAAUAAGGCCUCCGCCAAAGACAAUAGUGCAUAGAUGCACAACUUGCUUCAGAGAGCUUGAAAAUGAACAUUUUGCUCUCUGCAUUAAAUGCAAAGGCUUCAUUCAGUGUUUACCAUGCUUGAGUGAAGGAAUUGAGAAAGGAUCACAUAUCAGGGAGCAUCCUUUCAUCAUUGUUCCACCUACUUUAUCUUCAUUGUUCAGAACAGAUUGGAGUGCUGAGGAAGAAGCACUGUUUCUUGACGCCAUUCAAAACUGUGGCUUAGGAAAUUAUCAAGAUAUGGAAAAUUUACUUAAAUUUAAAUCAGCGCGUGAAUAUGAAUCACAUUAUAUUUCGACUUACUCAUGUUCGCCAUUUGCUCCGCGACCAGAACAGGAAAUUCUUGGUCCCGACGAACCAACCCCAGAGCCAGACUUUGAUACCGCUCCCGUUCCAUCAAAUCCUGCUGAUAACCAUGAAGAUAACUUAAGAUUAAUAGGAAAAGAAAAACCAGAUACACCAGGAGAGAUCGCUGGUUUCAUGCCACGUAGAGUAGAAUAUGACUGCGAAUACAGAGAUUCGGCUGAACUACUUAUUUGCGAUUUAACGAUAGAUGAGAACACGACACCAACAGAUUUCCAAGAAAUGCUUAAUAAAUUACACGCUUACGAUUCAGUUGUCGAAGAGCGUGAAAAAAGAAUCAAAAUUGCCAUCGAUUUUGGCCUAAACAAGAAAGAAUACAGACCACAAAUAGGCCCAAGUGAUGAAGAUCAAGAGGCCGCAGCUAAAUUACUUCCGCUCGCUCCUUACAUCGGAAAACAGAAUGUUGAAGAAUUACUUAAAAUGAUUAGUGACAAAAUCAAAUUCAAUUCACUUAUUAAUACGCGUAAUAAAUGGCAGGCUCAAGGUGUACGUUCUCUUCAAGAAGGAAACCUGUUAUACGAGCUUGAAAGAUUAAUUCAAAAUGGAAAACUUCCUUCAUCGGCUAUAGACAAAUGGAAUGAAAGAAUAGAAGAGUUUAAGAAGAAUAUUGAUCCAUCAGAUACUCCUUUACUUGAUAAAGUUGAAGCAGAUCUUUGUAGAAAAGAGAAAAUACCUAAUCCCCUUUAUUUGUCAUUAAAAGAUUUAGUUAUUAGAGAGUUCGCAAUCAGGGGAUCUUUGUCUAGAAAUGAAUGUUGCGAACUCGACCCAAAGAACUCUGAUUUCUUGGGUCAAAUGUAUGACUUGUAUAUUGAUAUUGGCUGGAUUUGUGAAUAA